AUGUCGACAAUAUCUCAACAAGGCAAAAUAACUCCACGUCGACGCAUACCUCCUAAGAAGCAAAAAAGAGCAGCUCCUCCGGUCGCUCCUAACUCUGGAACUACAGGUAGAGAAACAUCUCAAAUUUGGGAUCAUUUCUCCAAGUUUAUUGCUAAAGGAGGUAAAUAUAGGGCAAAAUGUAAUUAUUGUACUAAAACAUUUGCUGCCGACAGUGUCAAUGGGACAACUACGUUAUGGAAUCAUUUAACUGUGAAAUGUCUCAAGUCUCCAUUUAAGUCCGAUAAGUGGCAAACAACAUUAAAACCUAUUAAAAGAGGUUAUCCAGAAGGUGGUUCCACUGAAAAAGGGGUGUUUAAUAUGGAUGAAAUUAAGAGAGCAAUUACCGAAUUUAUAAUUAUUGAUGAGCAACCGUUUAGAGCUGUUGAGGGAGAAGGAUUCAAAAGGUUAAUGGCUAAAGCCUUUCCAAAUUUUGAAGUACCUUCUCGUGUAACUGUUGCUUGA